CGGCAUUGCAAUUCACAAGUUUGGUAGGAAAGAAGUAUAUAAAGUGUAUACAACUCCUUAUAAUAGCUUUGUCAAUGUAUAUUGAAUUAUCCUUUAUUACUUUUUAAACGAUAAAACAAAUAUAUUUAUAAUUGUGUGAAAUACUUUAAUAAUAUCUUUCAUCUUUUAACUUUCUUUCUCAGAGAAAUCAAAAUGCCAGAGGGAACAAUGGACAGUGGACGUAUUAUGAAGAUGGAAGUGGAUUAUAGUACCAACUGUGAUACCAAGAUUCCCGAAUGUAAAAAGCUAGCUCGAGAAGGAAAGCUACAUGAUGCCUUAGAUCAAUUAUUAGCAUUAGAGAAACUUACCAGAACUGGAGCUGAUAUGGCAUCGACAUCUCGUGUACUGGUUGCUAUAUGUGAAAUUUGUUUGGAAGCAAAGAAUUGGGCCGCGCUCAAUGAGCACAUAGUUCUUUUAUCAAAGAGGCGUUCUCAAUUAAAACAAGCCGUUACAAAAAUGGUUCAAGAAUGUUGUACUUAUGUAGAUAAAACUCCAGAUAAAGAAACUAUGGUUAAAUUAAUUGAAACUUUGCGCUCAGUAACAGAAGGAAAAAUUUAUGUGGAAGUAGAAAGAGCAAGACUCACGCAUCGAUUAGCCAAAAUAAAAGAGGAAGAUGGUGAUAUAAAUGGAGCUGCUGCCGUAAUGCUUGAAUUACAGGUGGAAACGUAUGGCAGUAUGUCGCGUCGUGAAAAGGCUUCUCUUAUUUUAGAACAAAUGCGUUUGUGUUUAGCAAAGAAAGAUUUCAUGCGAACGCAAAUAAUAGCUAAGAAAAUUAAUGUCAAAUUUUUCAGCGAUGAAAAUGACGAGGAGACACAGACAUUGAAGUUAAAAUAUUACGAUUUAAUGAUGGAAUUAUCUCGACAUGAAGGAUGGCAUUUAGAAUUAUGUCGUCAUAAUCGAGCUGUACUCGAAACACCAGCCGUUAGAGAAGAUCCAGAAAAAAGACAUACUGCAUUAUCACGUGCAGUGCUUUAUCUUAUACUUGCUCCACAUGAACCAGAACAAGCAGACUUGACUCAUAGAUUGUUAGCUGACAAAAUGCUAGAUGAAAUACCUAUAUACAAAGAACUUUUACGCCUUUUUGUAAAUCCGGAAUUAAUAAAAUGGUCUGGUCUUUGUGAAAUUUAUGAGAGAGAACUCAGAGCAACAGAAGUAUUUUCUGCAUUAACAGAAGAAGGUCGCAAACGUUGGGCUGAUUUGCGUAAUCGAGUUGUCGAACAUAAUAUUAGAAUUAUGGCAAAAUAUUACACCAAAAUUACAUUGACUCGUAUGGCAGAGUUAUUGGAUCUUCCUGUUGAGGAAACCGAGUCAUGUUUAUGCAAUUUAGUAGAAACCGGUGUAAUUAAUGCACGUACUGAUCGUCCCGCUGGUGUAGUACGUUUCACAGGAAGCCAGGAACCAGCAGCUCUAUUAGAUACAUGGGCAGCUUCUCUAUCAAAAUUAAUGAGCCUUGUAAAUCACACAACUCACUUGAUCCAUCAGGAGGAAAUGCUCGCUGUUGCACAAUCAUAAAACAUUGACUGAUAUAUUUGAAUCUUACGAAUGUGUAUCGUUCGAUGUAUUUAUUGUGCCACAGAUAAAAUUUUAUACACUAUUAAACUUGUUUUCUGUUUCUUUUUAUUUUUUUUUUGGUUUUGAUAUAAUUUAUUCUAUAAUUAUUUUAUCAUUCAUAGAAAAAAAAAAUUAUGAUUAAUAUAUGUAUAUAUAUAUAUAUAUAUAUAUAUAUAUAUAUAUUAAAAGUUAGAAGUGAAAAUAGAUUGUAAAGAAGGCACAUACAAUAAAAAAAUAUAUAUUAUAUAAUUAUAAACGAAUUAUUGGAUGAAAAGGCUAUUUGAAAUUCUUUCAUUCAUUUAAGUAUUAUUCACUUAUUUUGUUUAUUUAUCACAACUAUCACAUAUUACAUAAUAAGUAAUUGAUAAAAACGAUUUACUUUUAAGACUUACCUUUCUUAUAAAUGCUCUAUACAUUGAUACAAAAAUUCAUCAUACGAAUAUACUAUCUAUAUAUAUAUCAAUAAAAAUAUAUUUUUGCGCUAACAAUCACGUUGAUUAUUGUUAUAGAAAUAAAAAAUACUAAUAAGUUAUAUAAAACAACACACGCGUACACACAUAUAUGUAUGUAUGUAUGAUAUAUAUAUAUAUAUAUAUAUAUAUGUAUAUAUAUAUAUACCUAUUGUAAUGAGUUAAUUAUUUUCUUGCGAGAUUUUCAAGUGAUUUGAUCAUUAGAAAAAAUUUGUCCAUAUUGUUUUAUACGUGUGUGGUGCAUAGGUCGGCAAUUAGCAAGAUGUACAAGUUUCAUUCUUCAAACUGUUACUGAUCAAUAAAAGUUAUGAUAUUAUUGCUUAAAAAAAAAAAAAAAGAAAAAAAAAAGGAAACAAAUCUAUUA